AGAACGAGGGGGAGAGAGGCCGAAAAAGAGAGAGUCAGAUCCGGGAGAGGUGGCUUUUUUCCUGCUCUGAUUGGAAAUGGAGGAUUCAGCUGGAGGAGCUCGCAAAGCCACCAAGAGUAAACUGUUUGAGUUCCUGGUCCAUGGAGUGCGCCCAGGGAUGGCUUCAGGGGCCAGGAUGCCACAUCAGGGGGCUCCAAUGGGGCCCCCAGGACCCCCGUAUGGAGGUGUGCCCUCCGUACGGCCUGGACUCCCCAACCCUGCGAUGGACCCCAUCCGCAAGCGCCCAGCCCCCGCUCAGCAGGUCCAGCAGCAGCAGCAGCAGCAGCAGCAGCAGGCAGCCGUCCAGUCCCGGCCCAGAAAGAAACCUUUGGGAUUCCCAGGAGCCAAUGAGAUGGCCUCGAGACAAAUCGACAUGCGAGAAGUCCAAUCAGAUCCCCCAUUUGGAUCCAAUGCGAAGAGAAGGAGAAUGUCAGACAAGAUUCUCCCUCAAAGGAUCCGCGAGCUUGUCCCAGAAUCCCAGGCCUACAUGGACUUGUUGGCUUUUGAACACAAACUGGACCAAACCAUCAUGAGGAAAAGAGUGGAUAUCCAAGAGGCUCUCAAAAGGCCUAUGAAACAAAAGCGCAAGUUGAGAUUGUACAUCUCAAACACCUUCAACCUUGCCAAACCCGAAGCUGAAGACUCAGAUGGGAGCGUUGCAUCCUGGGAACUGAGGGUUGAGGGAAAGCUACUGGAUGAUCCUGGGAAACAGAAGAGGAAGUUCUCCUCCUUCUUCAAGAGCCUGGUCAUUGAGCUGGACAAGGACCUUUAUGGUCCAGAUAAUCAUUUAGUUGAGUGGCAUAGGACCCCUACCACGCAGGAGACUGACGGUUUUCAAGUGAAGAGACCUGGAGAUGUCAACGUACGCUGUACUUUACUGCUUAUGAUAGAUUACCAGCCUCCCCAGUUUAAACUGGAUCCGCGGCUAGCGCGUCUCCUUGGGAUCCACACCCAGACGCGCUCCUGCAUCAUCCAGGCUCUGUGGCAGUACGUGAAGACUAACAAGUUGCAAGACUCCCACGAAAAGGAGUACAUCAACUGUGAUAAGUACUUCCAGCAGAUCUUUGACUGUCCUCGUUUGAAGUUCUGUGAGAUACCCCAGCGUCUCACUAACUUGCUGCUUCCCCCCGAUCCCAUAGUCAUAAAUCAUAUCAUCAGUGUGGAUCCAAAUGAUCAGAAGAAGACAGCUUGUUAUGACAUUGAUGUAGAAGUGGAUGACCCUCUGAAGACACAGAUGAGCGGCUUCCUGCUGUCAACGGCCAAUCAGCAGGAGAUUGCUCUGCUUGACAACAAGAUUCACGAGACUAUUGAGUCUAUUAACCAGCUCAAGAUCCAGAGAGACUUCAUGCUGAGCUUCUCCCGAGACCCUAAAGGCUACAUAGAGAACUGGCUUUGUUCCCAAAACCGUGACCUAAAGUUAAUGACUGAUGUAGUUGGGAAUCCAGAAGAAGAGAGAAAAGCAGAGUUUUAUAAUCAGUCUUGGUCACAGGAAGCUAUCAGUCGUUACUUCUAUAGCAAGAUUCAACAACGAAGAUUAGAGCUUGAACAGGCUUUGGCCAUGCGCAACACCUAAACUGUUCCCUAUGGGAAAACUUGGAUGCAUCCUUUUGUUUGUGGAAAUUACACAUUUUAAGUCCGCCAUUCAUGACCAUUCUUAGCCUUUCUGGAGCAGAAAACCGCUGAUCUAUAAAUCUCCAGCAAUUUAUUGACGUGAGAUUUCGGAAGCCUCAGAGAAACACAGUGUUGUAUGUAGAAAAUAAACCAAUCAAACUUGUAGAAGAAAAUAACUCCUGAUUGUACUGUCCAUUUGAUGUUUUUGGCAUACUCUGAGACCACAUGCAAAACAAUUUUAUGAGAUCUGACAACAUUUUUAAUACUGCUUUGAUGGCCCUUUAAACAGCACUGAUGAGAGCAAUCAAAAUAUACAGUGUUUUGUCCUUGAAAGUUGUAAUUCAUAUAUUUUGUCUGGUGAUAUCUGUUAGAUGUUUGUCACGUUUGUUUUGUUGUGAUUUUGUGGUGUCCUAACAUGUCCAACGGAAUCUGAAAAUCACCAAUUUUAAUCAAAGGUGUAGGAGGAUAUAACUGAUAUGUUGUGUGCCUGUUUAGCCUGAGGCAUGAUUAACUCACAUACUGUAAGAGCAUGUGUUCUAAAGAAACAGUAAAAGCAAAGUAGUCUGCGACAUGCAAGGAUUGUAAGGUAUCACUUGUAAAGUAUGAAAAGAUUUUGUCUGCAAUGGUGUUCUGAAAUAAUUAGAUGGAGGUACCAUUCAUAAAACCUGGCUGGUAUUGUGCACUUUGUAUCCUAUGAGUGUUUGGUCUUGUGGCCUACAUAGUGUACACUAAAGAAAAAUUCCUAUUAAUGGUCAUGUCAUCAAAUGACAAAGAGAAUGAUCUUCAUAUUGAGAUAUUAAUAAUGUUGCUUUCAAAUAGCCUGUUAUUUUAUUUCUGCCAACUAUCAAGUUGGCUACCUAAAUCCCCUAUGCUGACCAAGAGAUGAAUGGUA